GCUCUCUCUCCGAGUACUUGAGACAGAAUUUUAAUAGGCUCUGGUGACAGGGAGGUAAUGAAACGGAGCAACGGGAUUGGAGCGACAUCUGUUGUGAUAUUAAAUGACAACCUGCUGAUGCCAACACAAGGGUAAUGAACUGAAAACGCCCAUGUGAAGUUGAGAGAGACCCGCUUCCUGUUGUGUUUACGCAAAUUUACUGGACUCAGUGUGUUUUCAAGUUCCAGUCUCAAGAUGGUUCCAGUCUCAUCAUUUUGUCUUGUGAAAGUACUGCUAACCAAGGGAAGACUGAUGCAUUACUUAUUAACAGAGGGAAAGACUUUCAAGUGCUUAACUACAACCUUCCUACCCAGCACAGCAUGUCUGUCCACUCUGGGAUCAUGCAUUGGAAAAAAAAAUAUCCUCAUCAUGGGCCCUCCUGGAGCCGGAAAAACAACUGUAGGGAGAAUUAUUGGCCACAGAUUGGGACGCUCUGUCAUAGAUGUAGAUGAUGACAUUCUUGAGAAGGCAUGGGAUAUGACUGUAGCAGAAAAACUGUCAGAAGUUGGUGGGGAGCAGUUUUUAGAAGAAGAAGGCAAAGCCCUUUUAAACUUUACAAUUUCUGGGAGUGUCAUUUCAUUGACUGGGUCCAAUCCAAUACACUCUAGGAGCAUGGAACAUGUGAAACAGAAUGGAAUAGCGGUAUAUCUUGAUGUGUGUACAGAAGACAUCAUUGAGAGACUUGAGAGAAUGAAAGUUGAUAGAAUUGUUGGGCAAGGCCCAGAAGUUUCAAUGAGGGACAUUUUACGAUACAGACAGCAAUUUUACAAAAAGUGGUGUGAUACACGGGUGCUGUGUGGCGCUGGUGACACAGCAGAGAAAAUAGCAGAUAAAGUACUUGAAGCAGUAAAGAGAUACCAAGACUCAGAAUCGGAGACCUUUGUUUCAACCAGAGGCACACUAUCAAGGAACAGUGGAUCAAAUACUGGCAAGAAGUUCUUCAGUGAUGUUAUUGUUGAGGGUCUGGCCCCAGAUGGAGGGCUGUAUGUGCCCCUGAAUGGUCUUCCGAAGCUCACUUCCAGUGAGUGGCAGAGGCUGGUGAAUAUGUCUUUUCCUGAAAGAGCUCAAGUGCUACUGGAAAGAUGCAUACACCCUGCUGAUGUACCUCCUGCACAUCUGCUUGAGAUAGUCGAACGGGCUUAUGGGGAAAACUUUGCUUGCUCAAGGAUUGCUCCAGUUCGACACCUGAUGCACAACCAGUAUGUUGUGGAGUUGUUUCAUGGGCCCACUGCUUCUUUUAAAGAUUUGUCUCUGCAGCUGAUGCCUCAGCUUUUUGCAUACUGCAUACCUCGAACGUGCAAUUAUUUAGUCUUGGUGGCAACCUCUGGAGAUACAGGUAGUGCAGUUCUUGAAGGUUUCAAGAAUCUUAGUGACAUUGAUAAGCAGAGGAUCACUGUGCUGGCAUUCUUCCCUGAAAAAGGUAUAAGUUCAGUUCAGAAGAUGCAGAUGACAAGAUAUGUUGAGGGAAAUGUAAAAGCAGUGGGUGUCAACUCUGACUUUGACUUUUGUCAAAGAGCAAUCAAAAAGAUGUUCACUAACUCUGAGCUGACAGGUUUUCUUGCAGUUGAAUAUGGUACAGCCUUGAGUACCGCAAACUCCAUAAAUUGGGCACGUCUGCUCCCACAGGUGGUUUACCAUUCUUCAGCAUACUUUGAUCUCAUCAGCCAAGGUGUCCUUUCGUUCGGAGAUCCCAUAGAUGUUUGUAUCCCUACCGGUAACUUUGGAAAUGUUUUGGCAGCUGUGUACGCAAAACGGAUGGGAAUUCCUAUCAGAAAGCUAAUCUGUGCUUCAAAUCAAAAUAACAUUCUUACUGACUUCCUAAGGACAGGGGAGUAUGAUCUUAAUGGUAGACGUCUUCUAAUCUCAGUUUCUCCUUCGAUAGAUAUUCUGAAGUCAUCUAACCUUGAAAGAUAUCUGUACCUCAUCUCAAACGGUGACUGGCAGCUGGUGAGGGAUCUAUACUCACAGCUGGAAAGGCAGAAUCUUUUUCGGGUGCCGGGGUCUUUACUCGAGAGAAUUCAGCAGGAUUUCCUGGCAGGCUGGUGCUCUGAGGAGGAGUGUUUAGCCACUAUCCAGUCUGUGCACUCUGCCACAGGAUACAUUCUGGACCCCCACACAGCUGUUGCCAAAGUUGUAGCAGACCGUCUGCAAGACGGGACGUGUCCAGUUGUCAUUGCCUCUACAGCUCAUUACGCCAAGUUUGCACCUGCUGUUCUAAAAGCUUUAAAGUUUAAGGAAGUAACUGAGAAUACACUACAUCAGCUUCAGCUGCUCCAUUCGUUGGGUUCACUGCCUCCUGUUCAUAACACUUUGCUAGAGUCUCUGAAAGAAGACAAACAGAAGCACAAGAUAUGUGAAGCAGACCACAGUGCUCUCAUCCACCAAGUAGAAACUUUCAUUCAGGAUAAGUUCAUGAAAGUAUUGUAAACAUUGAACAAUAAAUGAACAAGACUCACAUUGAUGCUUUAGGAAAUCCAAAGAACAGUCAGACAAGACUAUAAAGUACAAAGUACAAUACAGUGCAUGUGAUUAACUUGCUGAACUUACAAAACAACAAUAGGCUUGUGCAUCUUUAAUAUGCAUCUUCCUUCACUAGAGCUGAGCAUGGGUUAAGCCUUCAUGAUACCACCAGGAGUACACUGCAUCUAAAUGAAAUGUGACACAUUAAAAUCCUUUUUUAUUUUAUAAAUGUUAUGCUUAACCUCCUAUUCCUGUAUGGAGUAGCAGGGGUAUGGUGUCACUACAGCUAAGUUGGACUUCAUCUUAAUUAAAAUGGGCUGUCAAAAAAGCCUACAUAAUUUAAAUUGGUAUAAUUAACAGAUUUAUGGGACAGGCAAAUAGAACAAAAAAGCGUUUCACAAGAUCAAAGAACCAUAACACUGAAAGUAAUGAAAUAAAGAAAAAACACAACAUUUAAGUCAUUGGCAUAAGAAUUGCUCAGGCUGUUCAUUCCCCUUGGUCUCUUUAAAGUAGAGACAACUAUUGUGGUUGUACUGUAGCGUGAAUUUAUGCCCAUGGGGGCAGGUUGAGACCACUAAUUUAAACUACUUUCACUUGUGGCCUGAGCCAAAUUCUUCCACUUGCUACAUAGGUGAAAAUAAGCCUGCUAUAACACCUAAGCCCACAAGAGGUUGUAAUUUAAUGAAUGUAAUACAAACUGCUUUCAUCCCCACUCUGCAUGUGUGUGUCAUAUUCAGGUAUCAUACAUUUUAAUAAACAGAAUGCCUUGCAUCCAGUGAUAGCAGAUGUCCUUGACCAGUGGUAAUGCAGUUAACAACAAAUUUGGUGGCUUUGUAUAUGGUUUGAUUUUAGUAUUCUGAGCUACCUGAUUAAUGUUCACAUUGGAUCUUCAUUUCAUGGAAUUGGUUAUUUUUGUGGGUGCAUGGAUUUGUGCCAUUAGUAAGUAAGUAAAAAGCUUAAUGAUGCAUUGAAAUGAUUGAAAACAUACGGAGGCUUGUAACUAAUACAAUAGAGCAGAACGAAAAUAGAAGCUGCCAAAGUACAUUAAACCAAAGAGAGUAUUGAAUUGAGGUGACAGUCAAUAACACAAAUCCACCACAGGAUGGCAUGAUCGUUUCUGUUAAGCUAUGUGUUUCAGAAUGGUCUCGUAUGCCUGAUUAAUUACGUUAAAUUUAAAAUUAUAGGCUAGACAGGUCCCAGGAUCUUUCAUUACACAAAUGAAUAAAGAAGACUAGUUAAAAUUGUUGUAUAUUUUAAUUUUAUAAAGUAACAGGAAAAAUCAA